AUGACAGAUACUAAUAAAAUGCUGUUGUCGAAAAUUCAAGCGCUUCAAACUGGACUCCAUGAAGUGACAAAUAUUGUUAUCGAGAAUCUGACGUCGCAAAAAAGCCAACAAUAUUUGACAGAAGAGCUCGUCGAGAAUCAAAAAGAGCGCGAAAUUCAAAAGAAGCUAUUCGGAAACUAUGUAGCUGUGCAUGAGAGAACUCUUCUGGAACUGGAAGAUUCUAGAAAAAUACAAAAAGAGCAAGAGGAGAAAAUCAAUAUUAUAACAGAAGAGAAUGAGAAAUUUGACGAAAUUCGUGGGAAAUUUAAUGAAGAAAAUGAGAAAAUUCGCGAAGAAUUGGAGGAUUUUGAAGAAAAUCUGACUUCACAAAAAAGCCAAGAACAGGAAAAUCGAGAAAUUUUGAUCGCGAAGUUGACGGAAGAGUUUGCUGAGUGUGAAAAAGAGCGCGAAAUUCAAAAGAAACAAUUUGAAGAUUAUGUAGAUGUGCACGAGGGAACUCUUCUAGAACUGGAGGAUUCUAGAAAAAUACAAAAAGAGCAAAAGGAAAAAAUCAAUAUCCUGACAGAAGAAAAUGAGAAAUUCAGUGAUAUUCGUCAAAAAUUGAAUGAAGAAAAUGAGAAACUUCGCGAAGAAUUGCAAGAAUUAAAGCUGAAAUUGGAGAGUAUUGAAGAAAACAAAACAUUCCAAAUUUUCGUUCGAAUCAGCAAUUAUAUCACUUUGAGUGUUAAGAAAACCGAUACAAUUGCAGAUGUGAAAGAUAAAAUGUGCAAAAGAGGAUUCCCGUGUAAUGAUUGUUUCCUCAUCUAUGGAGGAAAACUACUGGAAGACAGUUGCGCACUUUUCGAUUAUAAUAUUGAAAAAAACUCUACACUGUUUGUCUCCAAUUCAUUUUACCGGAGCAUUCCGGAUCGUACUCAAUAA